AUGGAAACAGAAGUUAUUUCAUUACACUAUGCCAGUAAACGUGAGCGUUUAUUUGCAAUGAUUAUAUUUUCGUUAAUGGUCAUUUCUUUUUUUCUUCAUUUAUGUGUAUUUAUUAAUAUUUUUUAUAAAAAUAUUGCUUAUCGAAAUAAUCAAACUGAAAUAAAAAAAAAUAAUUCCACUAAUCAUUCAAUAUUAAUGAAUCAUAAAAAUGUUGAUGAUUUAAUUGAUACAAUUCUUCUACCAUUUUUUUGUAUAAUGACCCAUUUAAUAUGGACAAUUGUUCCAAUAGUUGUUAUUGAUCAAUGUUGUAUAUCAAAUAAUAAAUCAAUUUAUCGAAUAUUAUUAAAACUAUUUAUUUGUACAUUUCCACCAUUACUUUGUAAUGAAUUAAGUAUUAUAUUUGUUAAUCAUACGAAAUUUUUGAUAAAUGAUUCAUUACUGAUUUCUAUUAAAUGGUUAAUAUUUAUUGCAACUAUUUUCAUUAGUUUUUGGACAGGAAUUCUUAGUGAUAGAAAUAAAUGGCGUGGUAUUCAUGGAGGACAAAUAGCACCUCAACAACAUUCUCCAUUGUAUUUAUUUCAAAAUUAA